AUGCAGCAGAAGACCACGACUACCCCACCAGACUACCCACCAGACUACCCACCAGACUACCCCAACAGACUACUCCACCAGACUACACCACCAGACUACACCACCAGACUACCCAACAGACUACCCCAACAGACUAAUCCACCAAACUACCCACCAGACUACCCACCAGACUACCCACCAGACUACACCACCAGACUACCCCACCAGACUACCCACCAGACUACCCACCAGACUACCCCAACAGACUACUCCACCAGACUACACCACCAGACUACCCACCAGACUACACCACCAGACUACCCCACCAGACUACCCACCAGACUACUCACCAGACUACCCCAACAGACUACUCCACCAGACUACCCACCAGACUACCCCAACAGACUACUCCACCAGACUACCUCACCAGACUACCCCAACAGACUACUCCACCAGACUACCCACCAGACUACCCACCAGACUACCCCAACAGACUACCCACCAGACUACCCACCAGACUACCCCAACAGACUACCCCAACAGACUACUCCACCAAACUACCCACCAGACUACACCACCAGACUAUCCCACCAGACUACACCACCAGACUACCCACCAGACUACACCACCAGACUACCCUCCAGACUACCCAACAGACUACUCCACCAAACUACCCACAAGACUACCCCAACAGACUACUCCACCAAACUCCCUCACCAGACUAAUCCACCAGACUACCCUACCGCCCCUUUCCCCUGA